UGCAUGGCUCCAAAAGCAUUCUCGAGCGGCAAAACAUUACUUGAUAUCUCCGCAGAUAUUGCCACUUACCAUUUUAAUGAUGGAUUUAAUAAUCUAAUGGCAAAAAUACAAGUAUUAGGAGUUGAUGUGGAUCCAAAUUGUUAUAACUUCUGUGUAGAAGCUGACGCGCGCCGCGUCAAAUUUACAGAACGCAAGAUGUCUGAUGCCGCAAAAGAUGCUCGGAGAGCUUCUAAAUCGUCAGAGAAAGAAGAAGAGGAAGCUAAUUUGGACCUGGAAGGGCAAUUUUAUGGAACAGGUGCGACUGUUCAAGAAAUCUGCUGUUAGCCGCGAAGGAUCUCAAAAAAAGUGACUGCGCACGAGAGGCUGUGCACUCG